AUGUAUUCCAACAUUAGUUCAUUGAGAUCAGAAAACCUAGUGAAAGUGGCACAAAGGCUCCGCUCGUACAAAGCCAGUCCGAAUCUCACCGUCCCCAAUGGCAUUAUUGUUGAAGAUUCGAAAAUCAGAGAUUCCCUCUUUAAAGUGGGUCCCGACAGAGCUUCAGUCUUGAUUUGCUUGUUCGAAGGGGAAAGAGGCGUGCUUCGCGUAAUUCUCACCCGAAGAUCUUUAAAUAUGUCCUCUCAUUCAGGUGAAGUUGUAUUGCCUGGAGGAAAGUGGGAAGAGGGUGAUCACGAUGAUAGCGAGACGGCUUUGAGAGAGGCUAAUGAAGAGAUUGGUUUGGAACCUUCCGCCGUUGAAGUUGUUACUAUUCUAGAACCUUUUCUCUCUACGCGCCGUAUAACGAUAUUCCCAGUUAUCGCAAUAAUGUGGGACAAGACUCGUUACAAACCAAAUCCAAAUCCAACCGAGGUAGAAUCAGUUUUUGAUGCUCCAUUAGAAAUGUUUCUCAAGAAUGAAAAUCGACGAGAAGAGAAUGUGGACUGGAUGGGCUAUGGAUACGUGAUCCACUCCUUUGAUUACAGAGCGUGUAAUAAUAAGUCGUACGUAAUUUCGGCUUUGACUGCUGCGAUUUUGAUUCGGGCGGCAUCGGUUGUGUAUCAACGGGCCCCUGAUUUUCACGAGGGCAUGAUUGUAUUCCGGCCUAGAAGUCGGCACUGA